GGGGCCCAAAGCCUCUCGUCUCGUCUCGCACCACAAAAAGGAUCGCGUGUCUCGUACACCGUGGUUUUUAAUCACUCCCCUCCUUCCUUCUUUCCUGGAGCUGGAGCUCUUUACUCCACUCUCACUACUCACUCGUCACACGCCACUCGAUCCCAUUCCAUUCAGCGCACAAGCCCAGCAGCAGCAGCGGCAAUGACGCCGCGCGCGUCGUGAGACAGACCUACAUACAGGCGGUGUUGGCGCUCGCUGGCGGUGGGGGGGCGAUUAACCGGGCCAGUCUGCGCGCGGGCCAUGGCGGGCGGCCCGGCGAUGGCUCCUGCGGCGGCGUGGUGGCCAGGCGCGGGGGCGGGGGCGCAGGAGCACGAGGAGAUGCGGUGGCGGCAGCUGGAUGGCGGCGUCAGCGCGGUCUCCUUCGGCUUCGUCGCCACGGCCAUGCUCGUCUCCAUGUUCCUCGCCAUGGCCGUGCUCGAGCACUUCCUCCGCGCCCCGCCCAUGGGCCCGCCGGAGCCCUCGCCAUCGCCGCCCCGAGGCGGGGUCCUCCUCCGCCUCCUCCGCCGCCGCGGCGCCGGAGGCAGACCCCCCGGCGCGGAUCUCGAGGCGGCAGGGAAGCUCGACGCCGGACGCGCGUCCCCCGAGAUGCCUGUCUAUUCCAAAGGGGUAUCCGUCCUGAUGCCGGGACAGGACGUGCCGACGUUCAUCGCGCAUCCCGCGCCUACGCCCUGCCCCCCGGAGAGGGUCCGAUGGCCAUCGCACCAGCCCGCUCCGUUCGCCGGUUCCUCAUCAAAUCCAAGCUAGCGCGUGGCUGCCGGACCGAGCACCGAGCACCCUUCUGUCUGUCUCACCAUCCAAGGGAAGGGGUAAAAUGCCGGCGGAAUGGCGGCGGUCCACAGGAGCACACCUCUGGUUUCUUCUGUGGCCAUGUCACCUCCGGCGCCUUGGUGGAACUGAAGAGGUUCUCUCCAUGCGUUGUACAGUUUAGAUGUCUGUUGCGGAGCAAGUUUUGGUAGCUCCUGCUGCCUGCCUGUAUUAUGGCGGGAGAAGAGCGGCUAGCCUGGUGGAUCAAUGGAAUUGUUGCCGAUCCCGCUUGCUCGGCUAGUGGUGUUUAGAUGCUUUCGUUGUCGUUGGUUAUAGAGUCGGUCGUAGAUGUGCGUCAUGGAUGGAUGUACUUGUACACGUCUUGUGUAAUUUCGUUGCAUAAAUGACUUGAGCCUAUUGGAGCUGA